AUGGCCGCUGCGACGUAUAUCGAAGACGUGUUGAAGACUGCCCACGAAAGAUUCUCCGAACGCAAUCUCCUCUCAGCGGAUGCCCAUCAGAAGGCACAUUCUCACCUUCCAGGGGGGAACACCAGGACAGUCCUCCACGCCGAACCAUUCCCAAUCACAUGGGCCAGCGCAAAGAACGCAACACUGACCUCCAUAGAUGGAGAUACAUACGUGGAUCUUCUAGGCGAGUUCAGCGCCGGGAUAUUCGGGCACUCAGAAGCGCGAAUCGCAGUGGCGGUACAGGCAGCAUUGGUCAACGGCUGGAACUUUGGUGGGAACAAUCUACUCGAAAAACAGUUUGCGGAGAAAGUGUGCCAGCGGUUUGAGCCAUCAGGAAUUGAACUGGUGCGAUUUACGAACUCGGGGACUGAGGCAAACACCACGGCCCUUGCGGCUGCCCUCGCCAUUACACAACGCAAGAAAAUCCUGGUUUUUAGCUCAGGUUACCACGGCAGUACUCUCGUCUUCCCAAUGGCCAUGGUAAAGGGGCUUCAAGUACCAUUGAUGAACUUACCGCACGACUUCGUUUUGGCACCGUACAACAAUAUCCUGGAGACGCAGCGAAUCGUCCAAAACCUCCCAGCCGAAAGUCUUGCCGCCAUACUCGUGGAACCCAUACAGGGCUCUGGGGGCUGCCGUCCAGCUACAUUAGAAUUUAUGCGACUCCUGCGAAAGACCGCUGACACUACCGGGGGGCUUCUAAUAGUGGACGAAGUCAUGUCCUCUAGGCUAGGAGAGUCUGGUCUUAUCGCAAAGAUAGGAGUGAGGGCUGACAUAGUCACACUUGGGAAAUACGUUGGAGGUGGAAUGACAUUCGGCGCCUUCGGUGGCCGCAGAGAUAUCAUGGAGCUGUUUGACCCGGCGAAGAAUCGUCUGUUCCACCCCGGUACAUACAACAAUAAUGUGGUCAGCAUGUCCGCCGGUAUUGCGGGUUUAGACAUCUAUGAUUCUACAGCAGUUGAGCGGUUAAACGAAGUCGGGAAGACGCUAAAAGAAAAGGUCCAAGCCAUUCUAAUCGAGGAAGGUGUUUAUCCACCAGAGAUAACGAGUCCGUCCGUCAACAUUGUUGAGAUCGAUAGCUUCGAAGGCGCCACCAGAUUUCAAAUCGACGACCACAAAACCACGCUCGCACAUCCACCACCUAUGUUCAUCACGGGCCAAGGCAGUAUGCUGAACAUUCGAUUCUCUGGGCAUGAGGCACUUGUAUGGCAGGCGGUAUUUUACCAUCACGCACUGGCACGUAAUAUUUACAUUGCCACCCGCGGUUACACGCCACUGAGUCUGCGUGUCACUGGUGCUCAUGUCGAGAAGUACGUCUCGGCCGUACGCGAGUUUGUACAGUGCCAUGGUGAAGAGUUACGGCGCACGCCGAUGAAAGCUGAAAAGAUUUGA